CCUGGCCUUGUCCCGGAAAUAGAGAAACAUCAACAAUCCUCUGGGCAGGGCGAAGUGUCAAGAGUAGCCGAGCAGCGAGGUAGCGAAGCCAAUUCAACAGAAUAUUUCCGUGUAUAUUGUUAUAGAUUUAAAGUAUAUUAAUCGAUAGAAUCAGAGCCAUGUCGUUGUUCGGGAAGAUAUUUGGCGGAGGAGGCAAAGGGGGCAAGGGACCUAGCCCUCAGGAGGCUAUCCAGAAACUCCGCGAAACCGAGGAGAUGCUAACCAAGAAGCAGGAAUUUUUAGAGAAAAAAAUUGAGCAAGAACUGCAAAUCGCUAAGAAAAACGGCACGAAAAACAAAAGAGCGGCUCUCCAGGCUUUGAAAAGAAAGAAGCGCUACGAGAAACAGCUGGGCCAAAUCGAUGGCACGUUGUCCACCAUCGAGUUCCAGAGAGAAGCUCUUGAGAACGCCAACACCAACACUGAAGUGCUGAAGAAUCUGGGUUUUGCUGCAAAGGCCAUGAAGUCUGCUCACGAAAACAUGGAUAUUGACAAGGUGGACGACUUGAUGCAGGACAUAACCGAGCAGCAAGAGUUGGCCCAAGAAAUCUCCGACGCCAUUUCCAAACCUGUUGGAUUUGGAGAAGAUUUGGAUGAGGAUGAGCUUCUUGCUGAACUGGAGGAGUUGGAACAAGAAGAGCUGGAUAAAAAUCUGCUGGACGUCGGAGCGGAGAACGUCCCCCUUCCCAACGUGCCUUCUACAUCAUUACCUUCAAGACCUGCUGCAAAGAAAGAGGAUGACGAGGAUGACAUGGGCGACCUGAAGCGCUGGGGAAUGGAAGCCAUGUAAACAAAUCAUGCGACACAUCUUGCUUACUUGCAUCACAGACCGACCUGAACUGAGGAAGAAAGGCACCAAUGGACUAAUAUAAGAUGUUUGUUUGUUCUGGAAGAGAUGGCCUGAACUCCAUUUAACACUCCUCCCCUUACCCGCCCCAAGAAAAAACUGAAAUGUUGUAGUUUUUCUUUACCCAAGUCUUAGAUUUCCCUCUGUUUUUUUUAUCAGUUGGAGGCUUGCCAAUGGUGUCUGUGUCAUACAGCAAAGUCACUAAUAUUUAAUGAGCACCUAUUCAUGAGAGUUCAUGUCUGUGUGACAUUGUGACAGGACCCUUCGAAACUGUCCUCACUCAUUUCUGUGUCUUGAGCAUUCAAAGACAGAUGCUGCAGGGUGGAGUAUAUCUGCCCUCUGUCAAAUUUAAACCCAUGUUUCAUAUUGAUCUUUGUGCUUUGUCUUCAAACACUUUUGCCCUGCCCCCUUAAAAAAAUGCCCACUCCCCAAUGCUUAGUUAGUUGGUGUAAAUAUCCCACUUGUCUCUUUUUCUACUAUGAGGAAUCCCCAUCAUUGCUGAGUCUCACUUUGUUGUAGGAAGCAUGCAACAAAAAAGUGACAUGUCAGCAAACCGAAGGCACGACUAGAAGCGGAACCUGUUGAAAGCAUUUCAACACAUUCACUCUGAAUCCAUCAAUUUCAUUUUUAAGGUCCACGUUUCAAAUGUUGUCAUUAGGAUGACAUGAAAAGGAACUAUGGUCACAUUUCAACUAUAUCCUCACGGGAAUGGAACGGUUUUCACUCUAUAGCAUCUUUAACGUUAAUUACAUUUUGUAUUGGAGUUCAAAGUUUAGAAGUGUUUUACAGUUGCAAAUUCAUGAUGUAUAUUUUUUACAUUGUGGGGAAAACAAUAAUGGAAUUACAGGUGGGCAAGCAUGUAUGCAUUUCAAUCUUUUAUUUAUCCAGAUAAGAAUAUUAUUUGCGGGCUCAUUAAAAGACGACAAUUCUUGUA